GUGACGUGUACAGCGGAAGUCUCGCGCCAGCAAGAGGAAUCAUAACAUUGCAUUUGUAGUGGUUUACUCGUCCUAAAUCGCUUUGUGUCACGCCUUUUUGCAAUGUUUUCAAAGCCACUGGCAUUCAGAAAUAUUAAUUAGAAACUGGCGUCAUAAAAAGUCCAUAUAUUUUUCUUGCAGUGCUAUGAAAACAUGCGGUGGAUCGAUUUGAAAAGUGUUCUGCGGUUACGAGCUAGUAGCAAAUGGCUGUGCGGAGGUGAACACGGGUCCUGUGCAAAAUGACAGUACUGUAGUUAAGAAGCUUCUCCUCCUCCGUCCUCCUUCUGUGAAAGUCAUGUGACCCAGAUUUGCAUGGUUUCCUUGAAGCCAGUUUCAGGAUGCCCCGACUGGAGGAGCUGGCCAAUGUGGCCCUCAGGGUGCCCAGUAUCCUGGUGCUCGACCUACUCUACAAAUGUGAUAUCGAAGGUUUAACGGAGCACCUCAAAGCCAAAAAUGAAGACAUGCUUUUUAAAUACAAGUAUGUCAUCUGGAACUUGUACUACAUUGGCCAUGUGGUGAACCUGGUGGUGUUGAUUUUGCCACUCAGACACAUUGUGACUCUCUACCUCCACAUCCUCGCUGCUAUGCUCCUGUACAUGGGCCAUCAGAUUUCCAAGGACUACGUUCGAGAGGAGCUGCAGUUUGGUUAUGAAGGGGCUGUGUACCUCAACUCCCUGGCCUUCAACAGAUUUGUCUCAGCACUCACAAGUCAGAUUAUCCUCAGUACGUUGUGUGCCUUCUUAAUGAAGACUAGAAAGGUGUGGAUUUUUUCCGCUCACAUGCUCCCCCUGCUGGCCCGUCUGUGCACUAUCCCUCACGCCACAUUGCUCUUGGUCAAUACUUUCUCAAUGGGGCUGACUGGAGCAGGCAUCGCUGUGUUUCUGCUCUCACAUCUUUUUGUGCCGUAUGGCCUUGCAAGAGCAGCCUACUCAGAGCUUCUUCAACUAGAGGUCAUUGACUUGUACAGACUUAUGGCAGUGGGCAUCUCAUUGUGGACGCAGUUUGCCGUCCCUGUCCUCUUCAGUGUCUUCUGGUUCGUCUUAUUUGUGGUCCAGCUGGGCUCCGACAUCUCUUCUGGCAACUUGUCGACGAGUCAUCAGGGAAUCAUCUUCUUCCUGCUCUCAAGUGUCUCUGAGUGUUGUGCUACUCCGUACUCGCUGCUUGGUCUGACUUUUGUUGUGUCUUAUUUGGCCCUGGGACUCCUAAACCUAUGCAAGUUCUACCUGGGAGGGUACGCUGCCGUCCAAAAUGAGAAUGUCAUGCACAGAGGUGUGACAGAGGGAGUGACAUUGCUGCUUCUUGCUCUUCAAACGGGUCUUUUGGACAUGCAGUCUCUCCAGCGCACGUUCCUCCUCAGCAUCAUCCUCUUCAUCGUCGUCACAUCCACUCUGCAAUCCAUGAUAGAGAUAACUGAUCCUGUUAUUUUAUCUCUUGGAGCAUCCCGCAACAGGAGUCUAUGGAAGCACUUCCGAGGCCUCAGUAUGUGCCUCCUCCUCCUCGUGUUCCCAAUUUUUAUGGCUUACAAAAUCUCCCAGUUCUUCCACAUGGACUUCUGGCUCCUGAUCCUGGUGUCCAGCUGCAUGCUCACUUCACUUCAGGUGACGGGGACGAUGCUGAUCUACUCCCUGUUCAUGGUGGAGUUGUUCCGCAGUGACCCGAUCGAGAGCCUGGACGAGGUGAUCUACUGGGUGAAUGCUGUGAGCCGCGUGCUGGAGUUCAUGGUGGCUCUCUGCGUAGUUGCCUAUGGGACGUGGGAGUCUCUUUUCGGGGAGUGGAGUUGGAUGGGUGCCUCUGUGAUCAUCAUUCACUCGUAUUUUAACGUGUGGCUCAGAGCACAGUCAGGGUGGAAGAGUUUUCUGCUGAGACAGGAAGCAGCAAAGAAGAUCAACUCUCUCCCAAAAGCUACCACAGAGCAGCUGGAGAGGCACAACGACGUCUGCUCCAUCUGUUUCCAGGAAAUGAACUCUGCUGUCAUCACAUACUGUGGGCAUUUCUUCCAUGGAAACUGUUUAAGAAAGUGGCUUUAUGUGCAAGAGACGUGCCCAAUGUGCCACCAGGCGGUUCGAGCCAAAGUGGCAGAUAAUAGCCACAGCACGGGUGAAGCUCCCCCAGUUGCAACACCUCAAAAUGCCCCUGAUUUAGCUGAACAAGAAGAUUCAAAUGUUCCAAAUGAACAAAAUGGUACAGAAACAGUUUUGGAAGACCAGCGUGUUGAAGAUGAGAAUGAAAAUGAUCAAUCAGGUGAAAAUAAAAUGGAUUCAAGAGGUCUACGCUUCAGCUCAAGUGGAGAGUUUGUUGGUUUUAUCAGACCAAGUAAUUCUGCAGAACAGCUUGGGGAAACGGCCUGUGCUCCCAUACAAAAUAAUGAAGAUGAGUCUGAAGAUGUACAAAGUUUACAAUUGACUUCUGAAGUAAUGAAUGGGGAAAGUAGUUCUAGUUGUACUGCAAAUGAACACAGAGACAGCAAUAUUUCUUUUGUUACAGUGCCACAAAAUGUAAACUUUGAAAAUGGAGAAUCGACAAGUGAAGCUGGUCUUUAGUAUGAGUUCUAACAGCCAACUGCCUUUUUUAAAGUGUUUAUGGCGAGAGAGCCCUUCAUGACUGAACUUGAGAGUGCUAAUAUUGACAGAAAAUAUUUGGGAUGCUGAAAAAAAGGUAAAACCUGUCCUGCAGGUGUGUCAGCAUGUCCCCUUUUAGUGCCUUGAAGGGAGUUGUGGGGCAAGGAAUCGGGAAGUCAACACAUCUGCCUUUUUCUGUCAAACAAUCUAGUGAAUGAAUGUGUGUGUAUUCUUAAAAUAUUCAUCUUUUAGAAUAGUGGGUACAACUGGUCAUACAAUUCCUGGGUUAGUCCCGGUUUAGUCCUGGUUUAGUCCUGGUCCUCUCUCUGUCCCUAUUGUAUUUUUGUUGGUCCAUACUUUAUCCCUGGAAUUGCCAAUAUUUUGUCCACUAGUUGAUUAAUGUUUGACUAAAAUCAACCCAAUUAUGAACACUGGGAUUUAAAAACAUUUUUGGAUUAAUUCUUGUCUUUACUGUAGUAUUGGUUCUGAUUCACUCAGGUGGUUCUGGUUUUGAAGUGAUGCUAGUCAUUACUGACAUUUUUUGACAACUCUGGCUUUUGAGUUGUUGUCCAAUAAUCAGGAUACAGGGCUUUCCUGUGGUUCAGCUGAUUAAAAUCAUUCUCUGUUGAACAAUUGUACAUAAUUUGUAAAAUAAAUAAUUAUGUGAAAAUAUCCUAAUAUUGUGUAGUGAAGACAGUGAAGUUGCACCAACAUUAUCAAAAUUUGUGGGUUUAAGGGAAGCAUAUUUACUCCAAUAUAUACCUUUAUUUGAUUACUUCACAAUACUACUUUUACAUUUCAAAGAUUUUUUCUUAAUUUAUUUGAAUUCAGUCAUCCUUUUGUGCCUAGUGUUAAAUGUGCAAAUGUGUACCUUUUUACAAUGAACCAACAAUAGACCAAUGAACAAUUGUUUUGACCAGUAAAAUGUCCAGAGCACAAAAUAAAUGUUAACAAUUAUAAA